UGCCCUUCCAGGCAACUGCGAACGGAGACAGGCGAUUCUGACACCGCCUAAUACGCGACGCCCCAGGCAGCUUGCGUUCCGCGCUGGUUCCCGACACCCACGCACAGCGAUGGCUGACGCACGCGUGCGGUUGUUUUUGUUCGUCUCGACGAUGGCAAUCUUGCCUUUGGUAACGCCUCGAAUGCACGGCAGACAGAGGGGUCCCGGUUGGGUCAGAGCACCGGCGGCUCGCUUUUGGAACUACAGGAAGCUUGCCCAGCGUGCGGUGUACAUCGCGUCGCAGGACAACUCGAACCUCUACCACGUCGUGGUCAUCAAUGAAAUACGUUCAAGGCCAGAAGGAAAGAGAGAGCACAUCCAGAUGAAGUUAAAAGUUGCCGAGUCUGUGUGCCUCACAAAGGACGGAUUGCGCCCCAAAAAGCCCUGCCCUCCGAGGAACCAUGCACCUGUCCGGCAAUGUGAUCUUGACAUCAUUAUUGGAAAGAAAUGGAGAUUCGUGCAUGUCUUCCUGGAUUGCGCGAUGCCGCACCACUAGGCAUCUAUAGGCUCAAGACAGCGUUCUGCUGUCUUAGCUACGCUAAGCAAUGGACCUACUCUCUGCGCAGACAUAAAAGUACCCGCUCUUCACUCCACUCGCAAGCAACCCUGCGUCGUCCACCUCGAAGACCGAAUAAAGUUUUGUCGUCUGAUAUAAAAUCAC